AUGGAAAAAUCCCAUGGGGAACAAGUUGUGAAAAAGGUGGCCGCUUAUGUGACACUUUCAAGAAAUGGUAUAACACAGGAAGAGUUGCUUGAUCUUAUGUCAAUGGAUGAGGCGGUGGUUCAAGAAACAGCUAAAUUCCAAAAUGUGUCUGUUUCAGCAUUCCCUCUGGUACUGUGGAUGAAGCUUUUGGAUGACCUUGGGGAGCACCUAAAAGAGCAAAGAAGUGACGACACUUAUGUUUUCAGCUGGGCCCAUACAUCUCUGAAACACGUCUGCCUAGACAGAUACCUCAAAACACAGGAUUCCUGGCUUUCACUACAUGCUACUUUUGCAGACUACUACCUAGGCAGAAUGUCACACGAUCUCAGAAAAUACAGCGAAGUGUCUACUUUUCAGCCUUUAGCCUGGGUUUUGAAAAAGGAAUCCAAAAUUAGCUACGUAUUCAACAAGAGAAAACUCCUUGGGACUCCGUAUCACCUUAUCAAAGCAAAGAAUAGUACUGUUCUAAUAAAAGAAUGUCUGUUUGAUUAUGAGUUUCUUUUGCACAAAUCCCAGGCUUUGUCAAUUAUCAGCGUAGAAGAGGACCUCCAAGCAGCCAUCAAAACAGAAAGGACUGUUCCUGAUUUAACCUUAUUAAGUGAAGUUGUAAAACUAUCGAGGAAAGUUUUAGUUCAAGACCCAAGUCAAAUGGCUUCACAGUUCAUAGGUCGCCUCCAUCAGAUUGUGGCAGCAGAUAAGCCAGUCGCCCCAGGUGAUCCCAAAAAAUAUCUCUAUCUGCCAGCCCUUUUGUCUCAAUGCCUGAAGUCUUCCAUUCCUGUCCUUGUACCUUCAACAUCUUGUCUGAUACCACCUGGUGGACUUCUUUGUGAUCUUUUGACAGGUCAUCUUGGCAAGAUUACAGCAAUUGGCGAAACCCAGAAACAACACAUCAUUGCAACAGCCUCCUGUGAUGGAACUUUGAAAUUGUGGGAUUUGCAGGACGGCAAAGCCAUCUUUACUCUGCAUGGUGUUGGAAAGAAUAUCAGUGCCAUUGCUGUUUGUUUGGAGGACAGGUUGGUGGCUGUGUCUGACAAGACCACCAUUAAAAUCUGGGAUCUUCCUUCAGAAAGAAUAAUAUAUGCAUCCGGUGAGUUUUUAGAUACUCCAAUAUUAACAUCUGCAAUGAAUGGACAGCUCCUGCUGGUUUUUUUUAGUGGCAACCACAUGGUUCAGGUUUUUGAUCUAACACGUUCAUGCCAUCUGGUCCACCAAGGAUUCCUUUCAACAGAAGAAGUACCUAUGCACAAGAACCGUUCUAUACUGGUAUCAAAGAAUUCAGUGAAAGACUAUGUUCUCUGUGCCUAUAGGAGUGGAAAUGAAGCAAUGGUCUUCAGUGGCAAAAAGGGGAAAGUAGUUGCUAAGCUCAAAAGCCAAGAGCCAAUGGUAGCAGUUGAGGAUGUGGCUGUAACUAAGGAAUACUUCCUGGUAAUCUUCAGGUGUCCCUUUAUGAGACAGCGUGAGAUUGUACACAUAGAACUCUACAAUGUCCACAACUUUGCCUAUGCUCACAGUCUGAAGGGAUGCUGCAAUGAUUACAUCCACACAGUUGCUGUGACUCAUUUGGGCUCUCACCUGUUAGCAUUCAGCCCCAUCCCAAACACCAAUACCACUGAAAUACUAUCGUGGAACCUGGAGUCUGAAGACCACAAACAUUUGGCUAAAUUUCCUUCAAUCCCAUCUGGUGGCAUAUGUUCUGAUCUUCGAUACUGUUUAGCAUUUUGUGACGGAGAAAAUUAUCUUAAAUUAUGGAACUUGGCUUCAAAGAUCAAUGACCAAUCCUUGAUAGUGACAGUAAGCAAAGGAAAGAAAACAAAUGGCAUCCGGAAUAUUGUGACCAUGGAGAACUAUCCCAGGUAUGCUGUGUGCCAGAAUAUGAGUCCAGGAUCCAUAACAGUGUGGAACAUCAUGAAAUCAAAAUGUAAACGCAAUGCUGUUAGAGUGGAGAGGGGGCUGAUAGAGAACUUGGAUGUUGUGCUGAUGAGAGACAUGAAACUUUUUGUCCUCACAGACAAAGGAAUGGCUUCCUUUGCAGAUCCCCCAAGACCCAUUUUCCAGACCCUGUUAGUUUAUGAUCUCCUGAAGAAGAAGUACAUAAAGAAGCAGACAGGCCUUUACAUCAUUCCCUGCCAAAAUAACGAGUACAAGAUCCUCGAAGGAGGCCUUCUGCUUGGUCUCUCAGAGAACAGAGACCAUUUUAUCACUUGGAAUUUGGAAACUGGAUUAAUUAAAGAUCGAAUAAGACCAGAAUACAAGGACAAAUUCUCCUUCCAAGCUGCCCAACCUAAUCAUACCUUGUCCAAAGAAAACAUGAAACUGUACAAAGAAGUCUUGUCUAAAGAAAUAACAGCAAGAUUAUGUCCUCUUUGGGAAAGGCGAAAUGAAACUAAAACUGGAAAGAAAAGACGAUGGGAAAAGGCAAUGAAAGCGGAGAUGGAGAAGAUGCAGAAGCUUGUGAAUGAGAAGAGCAAUGCUAUUGACCAGUACCUCCUGAGUGGAGACCAAAAGGUGGCUGUUUGUUCCUACUAUGCACAUCACCUGUCAGUGUUCAGCAUGGAAAGCAUGUCCCAUGUCCACACUAUUGAGAGCAGAGAAUCCAUGCUUUUCUUACACAGUGCUGCCUUAACUUAUGAUGGUCUUUACCUGGUACUCACCAAUUACAGCGAGGAGGAGAAAGUCAGCUAUGUAACAUUGUGGAAUUUAAAGACUGGAAAGGUUCAGAAAAGAUUAAAAAACGAGCCAAAUGUCUGUUGCAUAGCCAUUACUGAUGAUGCAAGUAGAAUAAUAUUUGGAGUGAUGAUGGAAAACAGGAUUAAGAUUUGGGAUCCAUUUAAGCACAAACACAAGUUAAUUCAAGGUUAUGAAGGUCUUCAUCUGACUGUGAACAGUAAACUACACAUAUUAGAAUGGACAAAGGCAAUCCUGCUUGCAGGUGAAGUCAGCCUCUGGGACUUGGAAAGUGGCACACUUAUAUCCAUCUUCACACCAGAGAGCAAGAUCUCCUGCCUAACUGUUGCCUUUGACAGACAGACAGUACUUUUAGGCUUGAGUGACAGCACGACUCUCAUCACUUUGAAGAUGCUGAGCGUUACCAGCGCUGGAAGUUCAACAGGAAAAGAUUUAUUUGGAGAAGAAUCUACAAGCAGUGAAGAAGAGCUCGAAGUUAGUUAAGGAAGCCAUUCUGAGCAGAAGACAA